AUGCAAGGAACAAAGUGCAAAAGGAAAAAGUGCAACAGCAGGGACGAAAGCGACAGGAAGAACAGAAAGCCUGGGCGGACAGACAGAGGCACGAUGGAACCCUGGAGGGGUGCAUUCGACAAGCCCUCGCUGCCGCGCCCGAGACACGCAUCCGACGUGGCCGGCUCUGGGAGGGCCAGAGGGUUCUCUGCCCUUGGGCAACCCUCCCACGCUGGCGGGUAUACGGGCACCCAGGCACCGACUGUGACUGCGUCGUCGCUUAGCUGCUGCAGGGACGGACCACGGGCGCGCAUCGGCCACCCACCACGCGCGGACCGAGACGGCCCUCGCACUGGCCCUGCCAAGGCUCAAGCCCGGCGUUGGGAAAAAAAUUCGGGCAUCCACACCACCCUCACGGCUCCCACCUCCAGCCUAGGCCAGGUACCGCUCCGACGUCGGUGCCUGGUGCCUGAAGGAGAGUUAGCGGCAGUGGGUGGUGGUGGUGGUGGUGGUGGUGCCAUGUACCGCAUAUCGCCCGGCGCUGCCGCGGUCGUCGAGCGCCGCGCUCACUGGCCGUGUGCACCCUACCGCCCUCCCCCCCUCCUUCUUCCCGUGCCACACUGGAGGGCUCGCUCCCUGACCCCAUUACGGCCGAGGGCUGGCGUCGGUCGUGAUGGUUGCAACACCACGUCAGCGCGCGUCUCGUGGGCUCGCUGGCAGGGGAGACAAAGGACAGGGGAUGCGGCGGCCGGUCAAGUGGGUGAGCUUGUGCCAUGUCAGAGGCAAACCGGGAGGCGCGGUCGCGGGCGAGAACAUGAGCAAUCGUCCCAGUGCUGAAGAAUGCGCCCCAAUCGGGUUUUCGGUACUCGCAGAUGGGGCAAUGGGGCAGAUCUGAGAAUAACUCGCGUGGGGAAGGCAGUGGCAACGGAGAAGAAAAAAAACUCACUGCCCAAGUGCCCACAUGCCUCGUCUCGACGCCAUGCCGGGAAAAAUACCCGUCGGCCAGACA